AUGGUGGUCGAAGCUGUAUCACGCUUGAGGAGCUUACAGAGAAUGUUUGGGACUUCACCUUUCGCUUGCAUCCCCAGCUGCGGGCCUCCUCCAGCUUUCGCUUUGAUCCCGACUCGCGGUGCGUCACGGGACAUCCCAAUGGGCUCACCUACCACUGGCAACUGA